AAUCUCGAGUCCUUAAGUCAGAAUCAGAUUAACUGUCGCCUAAAGCGGAUUGAACAGAAAAUGUUUCUCACUCUUUAUUUUGCUCUUUUUUUCACAACUAUGCGAUGCAGAGACAUCCAAGACUUCACAACCAAGACCUUUAAUGUCAGAGAAGAUGUGACUCUUGCAUGUAGUCACUGGACUGCAGUAGGAGGAGUUUUAUUCUGGAAGAAACUUGUUCCUGGAAGUUUGCCUGAAGUUUUAGGAGCAACUUAUACUUUUAAUCACGUUGCUGUUCACAGACGUCCUCGUACGGAAACCAAACAAGAGCAUGGAGCCUUCGUUCUCCGCAUUGCCCAAACAGAGCUGGAUGAUACUGCGUUUUACUACUGUGAAGCAGUAGAGGAGAUGAAAUCAACACUGUUGAAUAUCACUCUUCUGAGAAUCAAAGAACCAGAAACUGAAAUCACGGCCAUUUUUCAGUAUUUUGAAGCUGCAGUUGGAGCAGAAAACACAGUGAAGCUGCAGUGUUCUGUCUUCUUUGAUGUGCAGAAGGAGAAAACAUGUCCAGGAGGUCACAAAGUGCUCUGGUUCACUCCCGAAUUAAACAAAACUCAUCCCAGUGUGACUUACAUUCACCAUGUGGAGGAAUGUGACAGGGAGGCUGAACUGGACUCUCCACAGAAAUGUGUUUACAAUCUGUCACAGUUCGAUAUCAAAUCCUCUCACACCGGGGCAUUUUAUCGAGCUGUUGUGACAAGUGAAGAGAUGCUCUGUGGGAAAAGGCUGAAAGUGGAAAAGGACAAUGAAGCCAUCAUCAGACGGCUCUCUACAGCCGUGUCUCUGCUGUCUGCUGCUUUGGUUCUGAGUUUGAUUGGCAUCAUCUUACUGCUUUAUGCCAUGAGAAAGAACAAGUGUGUGUGUUUUAAAGCUGCUGCUGCUGCUGCUCCACAAGAUGUUGAACCAUUGGCCAGUCCUCAGCAGAAUAAUCAAACAAAUGAAGACGGCUUGGUUUAUUCUGUGGUAAAUUUCAAAAGAAAUAAAAACAGCCACAGUUCAAGGAGCGGCACAAAAUCUACCGAAGAUCAACCGAACUAUGUUGAUGUCAGUAAUUCCGAGUAGCAAUGUGCCGAGUGUCAUGAUCAGUGUCAAACUUUAUGCUUCAAUGGUAAUUUUGCCAAGUGGGAGAUCUUAGAAUAGAAUAGAAUAGAAUAGAAUAGAAUAGAUUACCUUUAAUGUCAAUCUACAUAAAAAUCAUUUGAAACCGACGUUGUCCAGUGAAAUUGUGUGGGGCACACCCUGUCGUGCACAAAGUGAAAAAGAAAGGACUAGAAUUGAAUGAAGAAAACUAAAUGUAAUAAAAGUAAUAAAUAAAACAAGUGUUUGCAAAUGUAUUAUUGUCGUGAUUGCACCUCAUUGGUGUCAUUGUCUUGUAUUCAGAAGUCUUGCUCCCCAAGGAUGAAAAGUGUUUUUCAAGUGGUUAGCCCUGCAUGACUUCUCUUCCAAGAUGUUCAUGUUACAGCUUUCAGUCUGUCCCCUUUUAUUUUCAGGCACAGGCUACAAUUUUAGCUCUGCAUUGCUUUUAUGAUUCUUUAUGUGCAGUAUUUUGUUAAAGCUGUUUCAAAAAUACUUACAAUAGAAUUAGUAUUAGAAUAGAAACGAUGCUAAGCUGAGGUUUUAUUUAUUUUUAUUUUGGAACUUUUUCUUGUUUAAAUGCUGUAAAGCACUUUGUCUUGCUUGUAUUUAUGAAAGGUGCUGGAUUUGAUUUGAUAUUGCAGGACAUCAAAUACAAUGUCAGCUUAACAAAAAUAUUAUUUGGGUCAAUUUAUAAUCCAAACAAACAUUUAUACUGUGCAUGGCAAACCCAGAGCUUUAUUUUUAAAUAUCAGAAACCUUGUUUUUGUUUCUGUGUUCAGUGGUGAAAUGUUUGGGGUCUUAUUUUCGCCCU